AUGUCAAAAACUAAAAAAUGGGGAAUUCAUGAAAAAUCACCACAAGAAUCAAAAUGGUUUACUCAUAAUGGUUAUUCAAAUACAAAUCCAACAAAAAUUAAAAAAAAUGGUGCUGGAAAAAAUAAUUGGGGUCAACCAGGUGAUGAAAUUGAUUUAAAAUCAAAUAAAAAUAAUAAUAAUUUUAAUAGUUUUAAUAAUGGAAAUUCUGUAGGUAAUGGUAGAAGAAAUUCAAAUCAUGAUUUAAAUGAAAUGAAAUUUAAUAGAUUAAAUGAUGCAAUUGAUUCUAGAUUUUAG